CUACUACACCGUGCACAUGCAGAGAAAUCCCAUAACGUGAGGGGGCACCGGAGCAACUAGCUUGUUUUUCUCUCACAUGUCCGCCCUGUGCUUGCUCGCGCAUGUAUUUCUUUCUCCUCGUGCGGCACAAAGCUAGUGUUUGAUCCUCUUUCCCUAUGAAGACUGUAAAGUGCAACAAGCUGGAGGGGCGAGAUGUCGGAGGAGGGCUACUGGCUGACGACAACAACAACAACACGGCGCGCUGAUGUCCACUUAUAUCAUCUCGACGACCUACUCUUGUUUAAACGACCGGGCUACGCCUCGUCAUCCGCCCUACUCCGGUUAAGUUCUGGACACCUGUGAUGGCAGAGGAGGACCCGCAGCAGCUGCACACGGAGCGCGGGGCGGGCAGCUUGCCCGGGCUGCUCGCUGGGCUGCAGGGCGCUGAGGCCGGAGCUCUGCAGCUCAGGAUCAAGAACUCCAUCUGCAAAUCGGUUCAAUCCAAAGUGGAAAGCAUUCUGCAAGAUGUUGAAAAGUUCACAGACAUUGAAAAACUCUACCUCUACCUUAAGUUGCCUUCUGGUCCCAGCACUAGCAGUGAUAAAAGUGACCAGAACGCCGUGUCAUCAAGCCGCACGCAGCAGAUGCACGCCUUCAACUGGAUCCGCAAUCACUUAGAGGAAUAUCCAGAGACCUCGCUCCCUAAGCAGGAGGUUUAUGAUGAAUACAAGAGCUUCUGUGACAAUCUCAACUAUCAUCCACUGAGUGCAGCAGACUUUGGAAAAAUGAUGAAAAAUGUCUUCCCGAACAUGAAAGCACGUCGACUUGGCAUGAGAGGGAAAUCCAAAUAUUGCUAUAGUGGACUAAGGAAGAGGCCCUUUGUUCACAUUCCAUCCUUACCAAGUCUAGAUCUACACAAAACUGGAGAUGGAUUUCAGUGUGAUGGCCUGGAUCCAACAGGCCACCUGGGCAGCAUAAAGGAAGAGGUGCGCUUUGCAGCUUGCGAUCUGGUAUGCGAGUGGGCUCAAAAAGUGCUAAAACGGCCCUUUGAGGCGGUGGAAGACUUGGCUCGCUUCCUGAUCGACAGCCACUACAUCAGCAACAAGUCUCUGGCAGCUCUCACCAUCAUGACAGGCGCAGCAACAGAUGUUAAGCCCCUAGAGACGCUCUCAGCUUUUGUUCCCACCGCCGACGUGCACUGCUACCAGCCUCAAACUGCAACUCUAUCGUCUCCGACUGUGGAUGCCAAGCAGCAGCUCCAGAGGAAGAUUCAGAGGAAGCAACAAGAGCAAAAGCUGCACUCACCACUACCCGGAGAGGGCCAGAUCAAGACAGCAGAUGACAGCAAUGGGCCUUGUGACAGUCCGGUCUCACCUUCACCUCAGCCAACCAUCGGCAUUGUGGUCACGGCUGUCCCGAGGCCUGUCAUGGCACACCAAAGCAGCCAGCUUGUGUCUCCCAGUCCAGUGGGAACAGGGGAAAGCAAAAUGCUGCCUAUAAACUUUCAAGUAGUGACCCAGCCAGUUCAGCCACUAAAACAACCCACCAAGGCCCCCCAAAAUAUUCUCGCAAGUCCAGUGGGGGAACGCACGGCUCGCCAACGCUAUCCUCAAAUCCUACCCAAGCCAGCGACCACCACUGCUAUUGCUUUGUGCUCGCCCUCCACCAUGAUCAUUGCCAACAACCCCAUCAAGACUGUGAUGACCACGUGUCAUGUCACACCUGUCAGUCUGGUCAAGAUGACAGCCAUAUCACUUGCACCAAAUGCCACCACUUCCCUCACAAACACCACUUUGAGACCGGCAUCUGCAGGCAUCAGUUGCAGUUCCGUGUCAGAGGACAUCCAGGGCUCCCGACAAAACGCAAGAAGUACCUCUGCUCUCCCCAUUCUUGCCCCAGCGACGAGGCCCGGGCUGGCUGACACACAUAACAUUGAUGUUGAAAUGGAGGUGGAGGAUAUACAUAAGAAUAGUCAAAACCAAAAUCCUAGCAGUGUAAUGUUGGCUCAUGGAACAAUGGCGCAGAGAGCUGCUAGUGUGCCUAUACCACACACUAAAGGCUUAGCCCUGGAGGAAAUAUCCAGCUCUAAAUACGAUGCAAACCUACCCGUGAGCACCAGCACUGCGGCAACCAUUGAAGCAAGCAUAAAUUACAACACAACGAAUACAAGCACUGUGAAUUUAGCUCCCUCCUUGCAGAAUACCAGAGCCAUCUCUGCAUUAAACACCAACCGAGCACCUUCUUUUGGAGAAGGUUGCUGUGUAACCAAGGGCUUCCGGAAGCGCUCAGGCCUCAGCCCUGUCCUCUCUCCUGUCAAGAGAGUUUUUAUGCCCCAGCAUCCAGAAGAGGGCGCUGCAGGCCUUGGAUAUGGGAGCAGAAACGUCCCGCGUCCAGGAGCUCCAACUCGGCCUGAGAGUGCACCAGUCACCCGGGAGAUGGAGAAGAAAAUGACCUCUUUCCUGCCCAGUCAAGUCCAUACACUUGGCAAUGCCUCUUUCAAAGCCAGCAGCUUCUUCACUAUUGCCAAAACACAGAGCUCAAUGCAGAGGAAAAACAUCUCCAAUGUUAUGGAAACUCACAGCUCUGUCAGUCACCCAUUAAUGCAGCAACCACAGGAGCACCUGAUGUCUGACGUGCAUUCCAUACCUAUUAACCCUGGCAUUCAAACUCCUACAGCUUCAAACUCAGCUGCAGGUGUUCAGCCACAGACCUACCAUCAGGCCAACCCUGUUUCUGGACCCCUAGAUUUUUUGGAACAACCUUCGACGUCAAGUCAGCUCCCGAUGCAGACGGAUAUAGAAUACUUCCCUUUUGAUGACGAUGUAACGCAAGACAGCAUUGUAGAAGAGCUAGUGCAGAUGGAAGAGCAGAUGAAACUUAAUAAUCUACAAGAAUUUGGAAACGGUGUCACACUACAAGGCCAGCAGACUUUGCCGUCACAGAAUGUGAUGUCCACCAAUCAGGCAAUGAACACUUUUUACCACGCUGCAAACAGCAGUGGCAUCAGCAAUCUAGUUCAAACACCAACGCCCACUCCCACAUCAGAAAUUACUGGAGGAGUCCACGGCUUUACCAGAGAGAGCCCGUGCUCGCGUGUCACUCCCGUAACACCAGUCGACAGCGCCCUUGGAAGCAGUCGACAUACGCCAGUUGGUACUCCGCUCUCCAACUGCAGCAGCACUGUGCCUCCCAGCCCUGUGGAGUGCAGGAAUCCCUUUGCAUUUACACCCAUCAACUCUAGCAUAACUGGUUUCCAUGAUGGCAGUACCGUCUCCAACAGCCCCGUCAAGCCCAUGCAGAGGCCGACGGCCACCCACCCAGAUAAGACCAGGCUGGACUGGAUGAAUAAUAGUUACAACAGCAACAGUGGGAGCCUAAACAAGUCUAACAGUACCAUGGGAAUUACGCCCAGCUAUCAGGGCCUCAUAGAUGACCACUUUCAAAAGCCUCAUGCCUUUGCCGUGCCUCAUGCAAGGCACCAUGACAGCCGCUUUGGUCGGCUCACUCCCAUUUCCCCUGUGCAGCAGCAGGUAGCCAGCAUGGCUAACAAGCAGGAGGGUUUCGCCGUACCUGCUCCUCUGGAUAACAAAGCCACCAACCUAACUGUCACCAGCGGAUCUUUUCGAUGUCGCAGCGUUAGCCCUGCCAUACAUCAGAGGAACUUGGUUGGACACACAGGAACAAGUGGCCUUCCCAAUAUCCACCAGCAGUGUGUCUCUCCGUUUAACUCUCCGGUAACACCUGAGGUGUUAAACAUUUUAGCCAACAACCAGCUUAAUGUGAGCAGCGUGGCUCAGAGGAGUCGCUCUGUGCCCCUCAACAUCAUGAUGCAGACGGAGGUUCUACCAGUGCCGGGGCAACAAUGCAGCAGCAAAAAUAUCACAGAUGUCCUUCUGAACAAGCUAGAUGGGGACCAUGAUACCGUACGAGGUCUGGGCAUUAACAGUUUGCCUUCAAGCUAUACAGCUCGAAUGAAUCUCUCUCAGAUCCUCGAGUCUGACAACAUGAUCCCAUCGGAUUCCAUCAGCACAUGCACUUCGCUACAGUCAAAUCACCUCAUUGAAAAUGCCAGUAAUGAACAAAUUAUUCUAUCUGCAAGUAACAGCCGAGCACAAUCAGCCUUAGCGGAGCAGCAUCAACAGCAGUCUCAGUCGAUGCUGCAAACUUUCAGUUCACAGCGACAGCAUGUGAAUUUUAGUGGCACCUUUAAGGACAUGCAGUCAGAUGGCAGCCAUACUGUCGGCAAUCAGAUGUCGGAGCUAGCCACAGGGAGGGUACAUUUCCCAUGUGAAAUCAGAAUGCGAUCGGACCUCUCCGGUAGCAUCAGUGACCUUAACACACUGGAUUCAAACCUUAUGUUUGACCCCAAUCAUCAGCAAGGCCAAUAUCAAAGUGCUGCUUCAGAGGAGCUGACCAAUGAGCCACUGUUUCAGCAAAUCACCAGCGAGACCACACAUUCAAGUGGACUGGAGUGGCUUGAGAGCAAAGAUCACCCAACUGUUGGGUUGAUGGGUUGAGAGUGAAGCCUUUUUUACAAUCAUGUUGAACAUGUUAAUCUAUGGUGUGUGAUAUGUUUGAACUUUUCAAAGCAACUCUGGACUCAGUGACUUUUGUCCAGUUUAAGUGCCGGCCUGACCUAAAAUGAUGCUGCAACGCUCUGAUCCAAAUGCUGGUCAUUUCUCUUAUCAGACAACAUCGCAAUAUAAUGUUGGUGUAAAAGCAUUUCUAACACAUGACAAAAAUGACCUUCCCGUGUUUUAUCUUCCCGCCUUUAGAUCAUUUUUGUACCAAAAAAAAAAAAAACAGCAAUUCAAUCAAAAAUGUUUUCUAUUUUCUGUAAAUUGUUUAGAAAUGAAUGAAACACACGGUCGAGGGUGUACCCGGCCUCUCACCCGAAGUCAGCUGGGAUAGGCUCCAGCGUACCCCCGCGAACCUGGUGAGGAUAAGCGGCAUAGAAAACGGACGGCUGGAUGAAACGCAUUUAUAAAUACGUGGAUUUGUUCUGUGUCCAAACUACACUGAUGACAAGCAUUAUGUAGUCAGGUUAAAAAAGGUGCUUGCCACUGAAAUAAUAUGUUAUAAUGGCUGUAAUGUGGAUUCCCUCCAUCAACUCAAACUUGAGUUUUUAAACGAAGCAUGCUUAAAAGUGACGUAGGAGGCGCAGGGAAAUUGGAGCACUUUGUACAGUAUACCCAGUAAAUAAUCAUUAGUAUGUGUAUGUAGAAGGGUUCGCAUGAUGUAUAUUCUCUUGACACAAUCUUCCAUAAAGCCACAACUUAACAGAUGUAGAGUAUAUGCAGCGUACCUACUAAUCAGAAACAUAACUGGAUGAAAUGUUGAAUGGUUUUAUCUAUUGGUUAAAAUUUACACAUGCACACUAAUAUAGGAAUCAUGUUAACCUGUUUAUUAUCAAAUAAAUAUGAAUUCAUUAAUCACACAAAAUCUAACUUCCUUAACCCCAAAGAGUUGGUGGAUAUUAUACAGGCCAUAUGCAAAUCAGUAUUAAAUUGAAGCCCUAAUGCACUUUCAAAUUGAAUUAUAUAAGUAAAUAGCUAAAAAAAAAGUAGCCAUUUUUCAACAUGUUCAUAAAAUGUGUAACUUAUAUGCGUUCGUCAUAAAGCACAGACAAUCUGUAAAAUUGUGUGCUUCUUCUACAAAAAUGCACUGUGAUUUUUUUUCCUCUGCGAGUCCUGAACAAAAAGAAGGCCUUAUGUCCAUACCAAAGAUUCAUUUCAAAAAGUAAAAGUGCACUAACAUCUCCUGUAUUGAAUGGUGGACAUAUUGACAAGUUUUGAAGGGCUAUAACAAACAAUGUUGUAUAAAGACAACUAUGGGGAAAAAACAGCACUGGAAAAGCUGGAAAACUAGCUUUUGAAAUGAACAGGAGUUAUUACGUUAUUUAUUUAGGAUUUCUCCUUGUUCGUGAUAGGUAAAGUGUGUCAUGUUGGUCACUUUAUAUUUAUUGUACAGUUCAAAGUUUGUGUUAUUUUACUGCUCAUGGUUUGCUUUCUUGUCUGUACAGAAGAUGUCACCUUUAAAAAGGCGUAGUCUUGCACUGUUGUAUUGGUUUCAAAGAUCCAGCAAAGUAGUACAGCAUAUUAGCACCUAUUGUAUUGUACUAUUUUUGGAUUGUUCUUAUUAUGCCGUUGCUUUAUGUUAGGAUAAGGUGAUGGCAUCAUGCAGUAGACUAGUUCUUUAAACAGUUCUUUCAACUCCUGUUAAAGCGUAUUGUCAUUGUAGUUUUAAACCCCAUUUGGAGUAUUAUUAUUAAUAGCCGUUAGUUAUACAUUCUCUCUUUUGUUCUGUUAAUCUUUACUGUGUGUCUGUAAGAAUAUUUCAUUUGGUUUGCACUGAUAUUUAUUACGUUAUUGAGACUUUACUGCUCCUCUUUUAAGUGUUUCAGAGCUGUAGAAGUGCCCUCCACUGUAGUUACUGUGGUGCUGUGUGGGGUGAACAUGAAAAUAUUUAAUGUGCUUUUUAAAGGGGAAGUGCUUGGUUUUUAAUUUUUUUUAUGUUAAUAAAUCAUUUUAAAUACACCUGAAUGGUGGGAAAGAGCAACCAUGUCUUCAGCCACAAGCCGCCUAAAGGUGCUAUCCCUCCUACAAAUGACUUUUUUUUUUCCCCAGCCCAAAAAUAUAGGAACAUCACCACCAGUUGUAUGUUAUCAGUAUCAAUAGUGGUUUCAAAGAACAGAUUGUACAAAAAAAAGUCAAUAUUCUUCACUAAUCUGAAUGAGAUUAGAGUGAGUAGCAGUAAUUGCUGUCACUCAUUCAUGGCUAGUGCACAGGCACAUGCCCUUACUUUGCCCGCACAUUCACAUACACACAGUCACAGAGAACCUAUGGACAAUUACUGUAGCAGUCAUGGCUGAGCAGGAAGAGGGUGGAAUCUAGUACAUUUGAACGCAAGCACAAAGUGCACAAAGCAAAGUCCAUACACGCAUGGUUGGAUGGGUUUGGCAUGGGAUAACUUAAUAGAUGUAGAAGAAGAAGAUUGGAAGCUGUAAAAGCUCCAUUAUCCUCUUUCACCGUUUUCACUUCCUGUAGCUGUAAUGGUCUGGUGUCCCGAUAAGUUUGGCCUCACCUUGCUAUUCAUGUCAGAGUAAUUGGAUAAAUAUGCCUUUGAAAUGGCUCAUCAUCACAGUUAUAAGGGCUGAUCACUCAGACUCUCAGUGUUGCUGGGCUGCAACCUCGUGACCUAUAAGCCGCUGGCCUCACAUCCGGUUUUCAUAUAGGGGGGCAAACAUUUCCAUGCGGUGGCGGUGCUACGUGGUCACUCUCCGGCCACACUACUGGCCAUCUAGGCGUUUCAGGUAUCAACUUAUUACCACCCCUUUGUGAGUAAUGGUCUCACCUUGGCCCCCCCAAUGAAAAAUUCCCAUGUGGCCACAGUUCAGUUACAACCAGCUGCACAGAUGUUGGACUGGUGAUAUUACAAAGGUUUUCAGCUGAAUAUACAAGCAAGAGAAAUACGGACUAGAGGGCUGAUCGAUUGAGCGAAGAAUGACAAAACAAUGUGUACUGUAUAACUAUAACUGUAUCAAUAACAGUAUUAGCAUUAUGCGUCUGUGUAGGCUCUCAGUCGUACAGGAGUUGUCCAUCGAGGAAAAGGCUUCUUGAGACGUCAUCUGUACUUCUGUGUAGAAGGUGUCGGACGUUUCGCUCCUCAUCCGAAGAGCUUCGUCAGCAAACUAAUAAGUGCUGGUAGCUUAGGCCUUAAAUACAGUAAGAGUGGGCGGAAUUGGUGUGCCAACACCCUCCUCCUAUUGGUUCGUUACACUAAGCCUGGGCGGAGCAGUGGUAUAAUCCUAUCCUGUUAUUCACACCUACGAUAAAAGGGAAGUGUCGCUCCCUGAAUUGGGUAUGAACGACUCUGAUACUGGCUUGUUAGCAUCUAUUGUUCUGGCUCGGCCCUGCC